GGGUCACCAACUCGACCGCAACACUUGGAUUAAUAAACAUUGUCUGGGCGUUCCCCGCCUAUAUAUACUACGUUUCUACUUACAUUUUACAGUGGUUUUUAAUAAUGUGUGUGUAGGUCUUUCAAGAUGUGUAAGUGAUUAGAAAUUUUUCAUUCCAGCCUAGUAUGUUUUGUAUUCACCAAUGAAACUGUUAUCAUCUAGAAUAAUAGGUAUGCAGUACUAUUUCUUUCAAGUCCUAAAGGAAAUGGUGUGUUCAGUAUUGUUUGUUAUACAAUGAAAUAUAUGUAUAUAUAUUCACUGGACGUGGAUAUUUUCUGUCUGCUUGGGAAAAAGCAUCACUAUUUGGUUGGUAAAGAAAGGCUCAGAACCGUAAUUUAUUUAUUAGCUAGAAGAAAUGCACCAUAACUUUAUCACCUAUUUACAAAAUCAGUUACUGCUGUUUAACACAUUACUCACCCACCUAUGACUUUUUACAACCCAAAUGAGGUAGUGUUGGUUUCAGUGGUACUCUUUUGCCCACAUUACUCAGUCUUCAUUUCUGUAAAAUUUGCAAUAUUUUCUUCUUUUUUGUUUUUCUCCAAAGGCUUUUCCAUAGAUGUCUCAGGAUAUUACCGAAACUUGUUCAUUGCAAUUACUCCUUGGCUGUUGAGCGUUCAGCUAUUGACAAAUUACGAUCAUCCAAUAAAGAUGUGAUUGUUGAUUUCACAGCCAAAGACGGUGUGGCUUUUCUUGCAAUGAAUUAUCAAGCCAAAAAGAAUGCCCUUAGCAAAUCUUUUGUUUCUUCUUUGUCAGAGGCUGUUAAAGAGCUAGAAAUGGACAGUAAAUCAAAGGUUGCUAUUGUCUGCAGUCUAGUUCCAGGUGUCUUCUGUGCUGGUGCUGAUUUAAUUGAAAGAGCCGAAGUUCCAGAUAAAGAUACUCCAAGUUUAGUUGCAGGACUUCGAUCCCUAUUCCAACGUAUCUAUUUAUUACCAAUGCCUACAAUAGCGGCUAUAGAUGGUGCAGCAUUUGGUGGUGGUUUAGAAUUGGCUUUAGCCUGUGAUAUUCGUUAUGCUGGAAUUCUUCCCAAGUGUCAGUUAGGCUUGAUUGAAACACACUGGGCUUUAUUACCUGGUGCCGGGGGUUCACAACGUCUACCACGAUUGAUAGGCGAGGCUAAAGCAAAAGAACUGAUGUAUGCUGCAGCGAGAAUCACAGCUGAAGAAGCAGAACACUUUGGUGUUGUAAAUGCAGCUAUCGACCCGAAAAGUGUACCUUCACUGUGGUCUGAUAUGCCUAGUUUAUAUCGAUCUAUUCAGUAUGCAUCUCAGGUGUGUACAAAAGGUCCAAUCGCAGUUCGUCAGUUGAAGAAAGCUGUUAAUGAAGGACUAGCUGUCGGGUCACUUGAAGCAGGAUUAAGCGUAGAAGGACAAUGCUAUCGAGUGCUUGUACCGACUAAAGAUCGGAAGGAGGGAAUGUCAGCGUUCAAAGAGAAACGUGAGCCUGUCUAUCAUGGAUGUUAAAAUAUAGAAUGUUAAACUUAUUUUCUUUUUGCAUUUUGAUAUUAUCAAUCACUACCUAACCUUAUCUCUUCUUACUAAUAUCUACAAUUUUGUUACACGAAUUUGUUAGUUUUUUUCUUAAUAAAGAAAAUUCUUACUGAUUUUGUUAAUUGAACACUAUGAUUUUAUAUGUUUAUGAAUAAAAAAUAAUUUAUGAAAAUUCAUCGGCUUAUUUCAUUCUUCUUUCUCAUGUUGUAUGAUCUUUGCGAGGGAAGUUGUCACUUUCUUUCUCUUUUUCUCUCCAUCUAU